GGCAGGAAACGCACAUUUUCCCUCCAGCAGAGUGGAGUGAGGUGACCGCAGGUGUCGGGUCUGGCCGGGCUGAGGCGCGCCGCGGUGCUCUGGAGGGACGCUCCCGACAGCCGCAGGAGAAAAAAAACAAAAAACAAAAAAGGGAGAGGUUGAAGGAAGCAGAAGGACAAAUGGCCAAGAAGAGGUGAUGGAGCGUUGCAGAUGCUCGGUAAAUGACUAAGGCCGACCGAGAGUGAAGUUCAACCCGGUGGGAUCAUCCGCUGGUUUGCCGGUGUCUGUCUUCUCUGAAGUUUCAAAAUGGAGUCCGCUCACCUCCUGGGCAGCUCUAAGAAGAGAGUAAAGAUCCACCCUCACACUGUCACAGCCAAAUACGCCACACACACCCCAUACUCCCCCCAACCUGGAGUGCACACACACUUCCCCCAGCCCGGGGACGAUGGCUACGAUGAUGCCCCGUCUUUUGAGGACUUUGGCUCCUUCCUGGAGGAGACGUCAGACAGGAAACAUCUGACGGAGAGCAGGAGGUGGCCUCUGACCUUGUUUGGCUCCAGAGACAAAGACAAGGAUACAGUCCACAAAUCCCAGGCUGCCGUGGCAGGAGACGGAAGCGAGGGGGCAUCCAAAGCAGCAAAGGGGUCUGGGAGAGGGGUAGGGGAACAGUUGGCCAGCUUUGGGGAGGCGUCCGUGUCUGCGUCUCGGCUCACCUGGGUGGGGCUGCUCGGUGCUGCGCUGGCUCACGGCUGUUCGAUCGUUUUGACCCGCCUGGCCUCUGAACGCUUCAGCCUCGGCCCCCUGUUUCUACUCUUAGUUCGAUCCAUUGUCCAGCUCCUUUCUGUGGCUGUACCACUGCACAGGGGGGAGAACCCUUUCGGACCAGAGGGCUAUCGUCUACGUCUGCUCUGUUAUGGCAUUGCCUACUCACUUUCCCUCUGCUGUGCCUACUCAUCCUUAACCUUCAUCUCUCCUGGAAGCGCCACAACAACCUGGCGCCUGGCAACCACGGUGCUGUCAGCGACUCUGGCCUUCCUGCUCCUGGAGGAGAGGCUGGGGUUGGCUGAUGGGAUCACCAUAGCUGCAGGGCUGUGUGGUUUGGGGCUUGUUUUACUUCCAACAGCAGAUGAGAGCAACUCAGAUUCACCCACUGACCCGGUUGUGUUCUGGAGAGGUGCUUUCGGCUGGUCUCUUUCGGCACUUGCAGGACUGUGGAUGGCCCUAGCACUGGUUGGGUAUCGUUCCCUGAAGGAAAGGGUGGGAGUUGGUACCGCUUUGUUCACAGUAAGCUGGACGGGGUGCCUCUUUGCCUCAGCCUCCUUGGCUCUGCUCCAGGAGGGCUGGUCCUGGCCUAUGAGUGCCACAGCUUGGGGCCUGGUCCUGGGCCUGGUUGCAUGCUCGGUAGCAGCCUUCCUGGGGAUGACGCACGCCCUCACACGACUCCACCCGGCUCUGGUGUCCGCCUCGCAGAGCCUGGAGGUACCUGUUGCCAUGCUGCUGCAUCUGGCUGUGCUGCCGUUGGUUCCCACUGCGCCUGAAGUCGUCGGCAAUGUGAUGGUCAUACUGAGCGUCGGUUGGCUGGUGGCGAUGAAGCUGCUCCCCUCUCGAGGUGGCGGGCGGCGCCAGAGGGAGGAGUAUGAGGAGAUUCUGGACUCGCCCAUCAAAUAGACACCUCCACUUUACCUUCUGCUCACUCCCUCCCUCAUGAGAUUGGUUCCAGUGUACAUAAGAGACUGCUAAAUGUUUGUUGGAGCUUUAUCUAUUUUGUAAUGUCCUCUUUGCUUUUGGGAAAGUGCCAAUAUUGUGUUGUCUGUUAUAGUGACUAUGUGAUGUGACAUUAAAAUCUCUCUGAUGAACACAAUGCAUUCCUGAAGCCACUUGUGAUCAAGAUCUUGCCUUCUUAAGAGUGUGUGUGAGGCUGUGUGUAUAUCAGCUACAUUUCACAAGAGUGUAAUGUCACUUUUACCAGAGGGCA